AUGUCUUCACAGAAAGAAGCUAUUAUUUCUGUGAACGGGAUGACAUGUAUAUCAUGUGUUCAUAAUAUUGAAGCAUUUGUAUCAUCUAAACCUGGUAUUGAGUCAAUUAAUGUAUCAUUGGGUGAAAAAAUUGCUACAGUUCAUUAUGAUACAAUGUUAUGGAAUGGUGAAAAGAUAGCAGAAAUAAUAGAUGAUAUGGGAUUUGAUGCUAAAUUAAUAAGUGAAAAAACAUCAGAAAUCAAAAAACAAAAUUUUAGUGAAGAUACAGAAAAAUUAAUUAUAAAAAAUGACAUAGAAAAGAAUAUAAAAAGUAAUACGGAUAGUUAUCAAAAAUGUUCUAUUUCAAUUGAAGGAAUGACAUGUUCUAGUUGUGUUGCUUUUAUAGAAAGAAAAAUGAAACAAGUUAAUGGUAUACAUGGUAUUGUUGUAUCAUUAAUGUUUUCCAAAGCUGAGGUUGUAUUUGAUUGUGAUCUUAUAUCACCUGAAGAGAUAUCAAGUCAUAUUAAAAAAUUAGGAUUUUCAAGUACAGUUUUGGAUGCUCAUUGUAGUGCAUUAUCAAAAUUAAAUGUUAUUAUAGAUGGAAUGAAUUCACAAACAUGUAGUAAUAGAAUUGAAUCACAUAUAUUAUCAUUAAAAGGAAUAGAAUCAUGUACAGUAAAUUUGGUUAGUUGUAAUGCAUGUAUAGAAUAUACAAGUAGUCUAAUAGGUGCACGAACAAUUCUACAAGUUAUUGAAUCAUUAGGUUAUACAGCAAAACUUGCUACUCAUGAAGAUAGAUUAAAUAAAAUUGAUCAUUGUGAUGAUAUUAGAAGAUGGUAUCGAUCUUUUAUUAUUUCACUUGUAUUUGGUAUUCCAGUAAUGUUAAUUAUGAUAUAUUUUCAUUGGUAUCGUCAUACACAUAUGCAUCAUGAAAAUCAAACACCAAUAUUUGUUCCAGCUCUUUCAUUAGAUAACUUAAUUCUUCUUUUUCUUGCUACACCAGUUCAAUUGAUUGGUGGAAAAUAUUUUUAUAUACAAUCAUGGAAAGCAUUAAAACAUUUUACAGCAAAUAUGGAUGUACUUAUUGUUUUGGCAACAUCAAUAGCAUAUGGUUAUUCAUUAAUAAUAUUAACAAUUGCAAUUUUAUUUGAAUGGCAAUCCAGUCCAAUGACAUUUUUUGAUGUUCCACCAAUGUUAUUAGUAUUUAUAUCACUUGGAAGAUGGUUAGAAUUUAAAGCUAAAGGAAAAACAUCAGAAGCUUUAUCAAAAUUAAUGUCACUACAAGCUAAAGAAGCUAUAAUUAUUGAAAAAAAUGAAGAAGGUAUAACUAUUAGUGAAAAAAAUAUGGAUGUUGAAUUAAUUCAACGUGGUGAUCUCAUUAAAAUAAUGCCAGGAGAAAAAAUUCCUGUCGAUGGUAUUGUUAUUGAGGGAUACUCAUCAGCAGAUGAAAGUUUUAUUACUGGAGAAUCAAUGCCUGUUGUAAAACAAAUAGAUUCUCCUGUAAUAGGUGGUAGUAUAAAUCAAGGUGGUUUACUAAUUAUCAAAGCAACACAUGUUGGACAAGAUAGUACAUUAGCUCAGAUUGUCCUUCUUGUUGAAGAAGCACAAACAAAUAAAGCACCAAUUCAAAGAUUAACUGAUAAGAUUGCAGGAGUCUUUGUUCCAGGAUAUCGAGAUAAUAAAGAAAAAAGUUUAGAAUUUAUUAUAAGGCAAGCUUUUGAAUAUUCAAUAACGGUUCUUUCUAUUGCAUGUCCAUGUUCACUUGGAUUAGCUACACCAACAGCUAUUAUGGUUGGUACAGGUGUUGGAGCAAGAAAUGGAAUUUUAAUUAAAGGUGGUGAACCAUUAGAACAUACACAUAAAGUAAAAGCUGUAGUUUUUGAUAAAACGGGUACUAUAACAGAAGGAAAACCAAAAGUAUCCAAAAUAACAGGUUUUUUUAAAUUUGAAAAUUGCUCUUUUGAUAAAUUUAUUACACUUAUUGGAUCAUCAGAAAGUAACUCAGAACAUCCAAUUGGAAAAGCUAUAAAAGAUUUUUCAAAAGAGAUACUUAAAAAUAAUGCAUGGGCAGAGACGUCAUCAUUUAGAUCAUCAACCGGAAAUGGAAUUGCUUGUAUAGUUAACAAUGCUGAUGAAUUUUUAUCAUCAAUUACCACUUUUCCUAUCAUUGAAACAGGGAAAUCAAUUAUUCUUCAUAAUAAUUCAUUAUUUACCCAAUAUUUUCCUGAUGGUAAUUGUGUAAUUAUUCCAGAAAAAAAAUCAUUAAAUGUAAUUAUUGGUAAUGAAAAAUGGUUAAUGAAUAAUGGAAUUAAAGUAUCAGAUUCUGUUAAACAUUUACUCAAAGAUGAAAGAAAUUCUGGAAAUAUUGUUGUAGCAGUAGCAAUUGAAAAUAUCAUUUGUGGUAUUAUAACAAUUUGUGAUCAAAUAAAAAAUGAAGCAUCUUUAGUUGUAUCAUCACUUCAAAAUAUGGGUAUUCAAGUUUACCUCUUAACUGGUGAUAAUAAACAAACUGCUGAAAGAACUGCUUUAGCUUGUGGUAUUAAAAAAGUAUUUUCUGAAGUACUACCAAAUGAAAAAAAGAAGAAAAUAGAAGAACUUAAGAAAAAAGUUGGACAUGUAGCAAUGGUUGGUGAUGGUGUUAAUGAUUCACCAGCUCUUGCAGCAGCUGAUGUUGGUAUUGCUAUAGCUAGAGGUUCUGAUGUAGCUAUUGAAAGUGCUGGAAUAGUUCUUGUAAAUAAUAAUUUAAUAGAUCUUGUUGGAGCAAUAAGAUUGUCUAAAAAGACAACAACUAGAAUUCAUACCAAUAUUCUUUUUGCAACCAUAUAUAAUUUUAUUGGCAUUCCAAUAGCUGCAGGUGUUUUUAAACCUUUAGGUUUAUCUAUUCAACCAUGGAUGGCUGCUGCAGCUAUGGCAUUAUCUUCUGUCUCUGUAGUUACAUCAUCUUUAUUUUUAAAAAGAUUCAAAAAACCUACAUAUGAAACAUUAGAAAUGGAGCAAAAAUAUAAAAGUAGAAAACGCUCUCAAAUAAGAAGUAGUGAUUUAAUAAAACAAAAAUAUUAUGGUAAAGAGAAAUUUUCAAUAACGGGUAAUGAAGAAAUAAUGAAAGAUUCUGGUGUUAAUCUUCUAAAACAAGAAGUUUAA